CGAAGCGCAAACUCGAGUCAACAAGACACGACGAAGUUUCAGAGUCGCACUUACCAUCAUCAUCCACGAGGAGUACAGGAUCAUGAUGUCUCGAGGCAGCAGCAGCAGCAGCACGAGCUACUAUCGUCCGAGCACUUGCACGCCAAGAGCCGUCUCGCCGCCCCGCAAUUAUCGGCCCUGUCAUCUCAAGCUUCCCCAGCUUCUUGCUGCCGCCUCCAACGCGUUCAGCCAACGAUGCUCCGAGAUAGCCAAACGGAAAGCAAGCUGCAUCGAAGCACAUAACUUAUUCGCCCUAAUUUCAAGUCUCAUCAAGAUUUAACAAGAGCAACGAGAGAACACUUUAUACCUCCUGUCUCACUCGAUAGCCAUGUAUAAUUGAUUACAGACUAUCCGACAACCUCCUGGACAGGCUGCUGCAACAGCGCGCGAACAAGCCUCAGCGCGGGCGAGGAACCGUUUGUGCAAUCUCGGCGAAUAGGUAAAAUGGAUCAAAUGCCUUUAACAUGCAGAUCACAAUCAGGCUCGCCGUAUUACACAAAGUACCUGGAGGGAAAGGUCACGACGAUCCAAGAGAAGCAUCAGACUGUUUUAGCAGAAAACGCCAAUUUGAAUAACCAAUUGUCAAAAGCCACGGCUCGUACCCAAGAGCUCGAGGAAAAAGCCGCUCAGCUAGAGGAGGCUUUACGCAGAGAAAAACAACAGUCUCACGUCGCACUCCACCAUCGCGCAGUCAACACAGCGGGGGUCGCAUCUUCGCUCGAGGCGAGCACGUCGACGAUGGCUCAGAGCUUCGUCGAUCGCUCGAUUCAGACGAUCUCGCUCGAAGAAGUGCAGCAGACGGUAGUCGAUUGCAGCAACGCGGAUGACGCGGACCUCAUCUCUAUCAGCAAAUCUGAGCUGGACGCUCUAGAAAACGACAUGAAAUCACUGCGAGACGCGGUGAGGGCCAAGGAGGAAUUGUGGGACCAGGCAGUCGCUCGCGAGCAAAGCUACCGGGAACAUUUGGCCAGACUCUCCGUCGAAUUAAUCACCAUCCGUCAGUUGUCGGAUUCACGCUUAGAUGAGCUGCAGAGAGUCGAGAAGAAAUUAACGGCAAAUAAUGACGAGUUACGAGCGACACAAAAAGACUUGGCCUUAGCAAAGAAGGCAAUAGUAAAAUUACAGAAACGUCAAAGACAAGCCGAAGGCAGCGGUAUCAAUCAGGAGCAGCCAAGCGAUGAUCUCGAGAAUAAGCAGCAGCUAAACCCGCAGGUCCAGAGUCCGUUGGCUAAACAACGGAGUCCCAAAAAGAUGCAUCAAGUACAGGUGAAAGAUGCUAGAUGCACAGCGCCGAUCCAACAACGUCAUCGGCCUCGUGAUUACUCGCCGAGGAUCGAGACGAUGCGGACAAAGGAGACCAACGUCGACAAGGACUUCAAGGACUUGCGGGUUUGAUUUUGUAGAAGAGGGCUUACGUCGACUUGAGCAAAUUAAGAGGAUGACGCCUUUCUGUAUUAAGACCAAAAUUAAUGGGGCGUUUCUCAGAUUCCGAAAUUUUGUUUCGAAUUAUUAUUAUUUUUUAUUUUAUCAGAGUUGAUUGUUUCAAAUUGUUUUUACUAUACUUUGAUUAUUUAUUCUAUUAACUAACGCGGUACUGCUACAAACUUCUGUGACUAUACAGAAGAAACUGCAAAUUGUUAACUUAUUGAGCAAGUAUUUCUUGGUUAUACUUGCAUUGCUUUGAAUGUUUCUUCUCGAACUACUUUUAAUAAACUUUUGUAAAAGGUACAAAUUCUAAAUAUCAAAUA